AGUGGCCGAGGUUCGUUGAUGCACGUGGGGAGCAAAGGCUGGUCUGUGUGGUCCGACGUUACAGACGAACUCCUGUAGCUCAAACUCUUGGAGAAGAUCAUGCUAGUAUUCCCCGACAGGUCACGGCUGUUUUAGCAAAAAUAGAUCGAUUGAUUGAGUGGAAGUUUAAGGCAACCAAAUGGUUUAGAUAUCUAACUUCACUUCUUCUUGUAGAGCCCAACCUGAUCGAGCCUGUGCACAAACCCAGCUCUAUGAAGAUCUGCUUUGCAUGUGUUGGACGUGUUUUGGAAGAUCUUCAGUGGUCUGCUAUAAAGCUCUGACUAUUAACCUAAUUGCUGACUGCACGCCAGCUGUCUUCACCUCGCCUACAUCACUUUACUAACACCAUUGUGGCUCACAAUCUCCACACAAGCACACCAAAAUCUAGUGGAUCAUCUUCCUGGAAGAGUGGAGCUUAUUAUAAUAGCAAGUAGGACGGCUAAAUAUGGAACAAGAUGUUCAAGAAGCACACACGCCAAUCUUAUACUCAGGUGUCUACGAACGUUUGCCUGUAUCGUGUGUUUACAAUAAAGUUUACACACCCCUGGAGAAAACUGGAGGAAGAAAAAUUGUAGUUAGAUGUAAAUCAUGUUAUUGCAAGUGGUGACCAGGAGGUGGCACUGCACAUUAUUUUUUUCCCCCCAUUGUAUCAUGGUUCUGAAAAUGCUCACCAAGAUCAGAGCAAUGGUGGUAACUGAGAUAGUCACAAUUGGGGUUUCACCAUCCAUCAGAUACAUUACUGACAAACCAUAUGAAGUACCUCCUCUAAUAUUAAACAUUAUUAUUUGAAAAUUAAUUAGCAAAUUGAUAUCACUGUGUUGAACUUGCCUAGACGCAAGGAAUCUUGGGAUACAUUUAGUGCUUGGCCUCCUCCAUCACUCCUCAUGAGUAAUAAUAUUACAUUUUUUUUUUUUAUUAUUUUGCUCUAUUACACAAAUCAGCAAAUCUAUUUACACAAUUUCACACAAUCCCAUCGUUUAUUCAACAAUUAUCCAUUUAUUUAUUUAUAAAUACAAAUUAAAAUAGCCUUUUAAUUUAUCAAUGGGCUUAGCAGUGGGCGUGGCAACACCAUAUUUGUUUCGUAUGUAAAUUAAACAGGAGGCUGUCCAAUGACAGUGCGGCGUAUGCAAAUGAACGAGGUAGAGAUCCAAUAAGCGCGUUUGUGGGAGGAGUCUUACCCAGGCUGUGCUCCUGCAGUCUGAGCUCAGGGUUGUGAGGCUUCAGAUGAUCAGCGGAACUUCAGCGUUUCUGCUUCGACUUUCAUUCUCAAAAAGGAGGGAGCGAAAAAAGAGAGAAAGAAAAACCAAACCCAAGCACUGGAAUUUAUCGUUUUGGUUUUCUUUUCUGGAUGUGACAAAUAAAAGGAUGUGAUCUGGAAUGAUGAUGAUGAUGAUGAUGUUCAUGAAGAUGAUGGUGAUGACGAUGAUGGAUUAUUUGCCGGAUCUGUCCUGCAUCAUGACGUGUGUGUCCUGAACACACCGAGACACAAAGACAGAAGUGUGUAAAAGGGUGUAAAAGUGUUCUUCAUGGAGCGCCUGGUUUCCAUCUGGCUGCAGCUGGAGCUCUGGGCUAUGGCCGUGCUCCUAACCAGAGGAGAAAUCCGGUGUUACUGUGACUCUCCUCACUGCGUGGCGACGGGUUACAUGUGCAAGUCGGAGCUCAACGCGUGCUUCACGCGCAUCUUGAAUCCCCAAAACUCCAAAUCUCCACUGUCACACGGCUGUUACGAGCCUGCGCUAAACAGAGGGAGCGUGUGUCGAGCCGAGGCUACCCACGAUGCACUGCACGGCUCUGCAACGCUCCAGUGCUGUCAUGAGGACAUGUGCAACUACAGAGGUCCACAGGAUCUCACCUACGGCCGGGGAGAAAACCUGGAUCCUCGGAGUCACUCUCAGGCUGAAGGCGGCCGUCGGAUAAUCGCCCGGGUGCAGGAAAUCCCUUCAGCCAAGGAGGUGUGGUUCCGUGCGGCCGUCAUCGCCGUGCCCAUCGCCGGCGGCCUUGUGCUCGUCCUCCUCAUCACGCUGGCUCUGCGGAUGCUGCGCAGCGAGAACCAGCGCCUGAGGCAGCAGCGACGUGAGAUGCUUUCUCGCCUCCACUACGGCUUCCACGGGCAGCAUCUGGCCAAGAGCCACGGCGCCAAACUCGACCUGGAGUGCAUGAUGCCUCUGGGCGGACACGAGAGCUGCUGUCUGACCUGCGAUAAGAUCAAACAGUCCGAUCCGAGCAGCCAGAGACUUUUAGCGCUGGUCCACUGGGGACGCCACGGUCCGAGGGGCAAACUGGAGUUGGUCUGAGGGGAAAAAUAAUACGAGCGCGAACACGUCGUCCAUCCGGGCUGCUGCUGCUGCUGCUGUGGAAGCACUUUACUUGAAUCUGGCACGAGAGCACUGCGCCGCUCAGGACCGAACUGUUACACCUGGACCUCUUAAAUGACUGAAGGAUUUUUAAAAAGAGGCAGAGGGACGCGUGUUCAAGUUUUGCACUUAUGUAGAAAGAGGAAGCGUUGGAGAUUUUGGACUGCCUCCAGAUUUGUCUGUGUAAAUAGGACGUGACCCCGAAUCGAUCCGCCACGUCUCUCUUUUCUUCUGUUUGUUUUUUUCUAUUCUAUGAAAUAAAAUACAAAUAAAAUUGCA